CUGGUCUGACGUGGAUGCCGUCAGACAGGCCGUCAGGUUUUGCGGAGGGCCUCUCCUCUGGAGAAUGAGAGAAGGCCACUCCCCGGAAGUGAAGUGAAGACACCCCGUCACCGGCUGAGAGAGAAAGCUGAGGACGGCCUCAAGAAGACCAGCAGCUGCAGGGGGAUGGCAGGUGCCAAAGGCCAGAGAGGGGGCGAGUCUAAGAAGUUCCAUUUCCCCUUCCUCGGGAAGCCUGGUGGAUAAGGAAGACGGCUCCCCUUUUAUCUCGGGAAAAUCUAAGGAGCACAGUGAGACUGGUGACCUGAGUGGUUCAGAUCUUAUCAGAAACACAGGGCGCAUGACAGGAAGUAGUAUUGAAGAAGCGGAAGUAGCAUGUGUCUGAGAAGGCGGUGGUAAUCCAAACGCGGAGGAGAGGCUUGAGGGGCUCGGGGGCAACUAGCAGCCAAAAUGAAGGUGAAGAUGCUGAGCCGGAACCCUGACAACUAUGUCCCCGAAACCAAACUGGACUUACAAAGAGUUCCAAGAAACUAUGAUCCUACCUUACAUCCUUUUGAGGUCCCACGAGAAUAUGUUAGAGCUUCCAAUGCUACCAAACUGGAACGGGUAUUUGCAAAACCAUUCCUUGCUUCUCUGGAUGGUCACCGAGAUGGAGUCAGUUGCUUGGCAAAGCAUCCAAAGAGCCUGGCUACUGUCCUUUCUGGGGCAUGUGAUGGAGAGGUUAGAAUUUGGAACUUGACUAAACGGAAAUGUAUCCGUACAAUACAAGCCCACGAAGGUUUUGUACGAGGAGUAUGUACUCGCUUUUGUGGGACUUCUUUUUUUACUGUUGGCGAUGACAAAACUGUGAAGCAAUGGAAAAUGGAUGGGCCGGGCCACAGAGAAGAGGAAGAACCAUUACAUACAAUAUUAGGAAAGACAGUGUAUACAGGAAUUGAUCAUCACUGGAAAGAAGCGGUUUUUGCCACAUGUGGACAGCAAGUAGACAUUUGGGAUGAACAAAGAACAAGGCUUAUCUGUUCAAUGACCUGGGGAUUCGACAGUACAAGUAGUGUUAAAUUUAACCCAAUUGAGACAUUUCUCUUGGGAAGUUGUGCUUCUGACAGGAAUAUAGUACUAUAUGAUAUGAGGCAAGCUACUCCUCUGAAAAAGGUCAUCUUAGAUAUGAGAACAAAUACAAUUUGUUGGAACCCUAUGGAAGCUUUCAUUUUUACUGCAGCAAAUGAAGAUUACAACUUGUAUACGUUUGAUAUGCGUGCGCUGGACACUCCUGUAAUGGUACAUAUGGAUCACGUGUCUGCGGUGCUUGAUGUGGAUUAUUCUCCCACUGGGAAAGAGUUUGUGUCUGCUAGUUUUGAUAAAUCUAUUCGUAUCUUUCCUGUGGACAAAAGUAGAAACAGGGAAGUCUAUCACACAAAGAGAAUGCAACAUGUUAUCUGUGUAAAAUGGACUUCUGACAGCAAAUAUAUUAUGUGUGGAUCUAAUGAAAUGAACAUUCCUCUGUGGAAAGCUAAUGCUUCUGAAAAAUUGGGUGUGCUUACAUCACAAGAAAAAGCAGCCAAAGAUUAUAAUCAGAAGUUGAAGGAGAAAUUUCAGCAUCAUCCACAUAUAAAACGCAUUGCUCAUCACCGGCAUCUACCAAAAUCUAUCUACAGCCAGAUCCAGGAAGAGCAGAUCAUGAAGGAAGCUCGCCGACAAAAGGAGGUGAAUCGUCUCAAACAUAGCAAGCCUGGAUCUGUGGCAAUUGUGUCAGAAAAGAAGAAACACGUAGUGGCAGUUGUGAAAUAACACUUGGUAUUCCUACCAAUCCUGAUGUAUAAUUAUUUGUUAUAUUUUGAUGUGCAGACUGUGCAAAUAAAGUACUGGCUC